GACUUCAAAAACUUAGGGAAAAUGUUAAAAAUGCUAUGCUGAUUAAAGGGGGAAAUGCAAAUUUACUGGUGACACAAGUACUUAGAGAUGUGUAUGCACUGACAAAACCAUACGGCGUUCUGUAUAAAAAGAAAAACAUUACAAGACCAUGUGAGGAUCAGACAUCAUUGGAAUUAUUUUAAAAGAAGUCAGAUUGGUCUUUAUUUAUGUUUGGCUCCCAUAAUAAGAAGUGGCUGAAUAAUCUAGUAAUAGGUCGUGUGUAUGACUACCAUGUGCUGGAUAUGAUCGAAUUAGGUACUGAGAAGUUUGUCUCUCUACAAGACAUCAAGAAUAGUAAAUGUUCUGAGGGAACAAAACCCAUGUUAAUAUUUGCUGGUGAUGAUUUUGAUGUAACAGAAGACUACAGAAGGCUAAAAAAUCUUCUUAUUGAUCUCUUCAGAGGCCCCACAGUAUCAAAUAUCCGCCUGUCUGGUUUAGAGUAUGUUCUGCAUUUCACUGCACUGAAUGCGAAGAUUUACUUUCAAGGCUACAAGUUGCUGUUGAAGAAGUCUGGUUGUAAAACACCAAGGAUUGAAUUGGAAGAGAUGGGGCCCUCAUUGGAUCUGGUUCUGAGGAGGACAUAUCUGGCAUCAGAUGAUCUUUACAAAUUAUCUAUGAAAAUGCCAAAAGCCCUCAAGCCAAAGAAGAAGACAAAUGUCUCCCAUGACACUUUUGGCACAACUUAUAGAAGGAUUCAUAUGCAGAAGCAAGACCUAAGCAAACUACAAACCAGGAAAAUGAAGGGGUUGAAGAAGCGACCUGCAGAAAAGAUAACAGAAGACCAGGGGAAAAAAAUCAAAGAGAAUUGA